AUGUCCGUCCACGACUCUGAGUUGACUCGAAGCUAUACGGCCGGUGCAGAGGGCUACACAGAAACAGUCGAACCCACCGUCUCCCGACUGCCCAGUGCUCAGAAUCCACCAGAUUACGAAGUCUACUGGACGCCAGACGACCCUGAAAACCCGUGUCUCUGGCCACUAUGGUACAAAGGUCUCAGUGUUGUGACAAUAAGCCUGAGCGCGACCGUGGUCAGUCUCUUCAGCACCGUCUACACCUCGGGAAUCCCAGGCCUACAGGAGGAAUUCCACAUCUCAAAAAUCGUCGGUCUCCUAGGCGUCUUUACGUAUCUUCUCGGUAUGGGCAUGGGGACGUUUGUCUCGGCUCCCCUCAGCGAAGUCCUCGGUCGACGACCGGUGUACCUGGUGUCCAUGGGAAUCUUCCUCAUCCUGGUCCUUCCAAGCGCACUGGCACCCAACAUAGAAGCAAUCCUGAUCAGCAGGUUCUUCGGAGGUCUGUUUGGUAGUACAAUCAUGGGAAAUUCCCCGGCUUCAGUGAACGAUAUUGUUUCCGAUAAGCGUCGCGCGGCGGCAUUUGGUGUUUGGUCUAUCGGACCGGCAAACGGACCCGUGUAUGGACCCAUCAUCGGCGGCUUUGUGUUCGAGUAUCUAGGCUGGAGAUGGACAAACUGGAUUGUCCUCAUCAUGGGUGGUGCGAUUUUCAUCUUAAUGUGUUUCAUCAAGGAAACCUACGAACCCGUCAUCCUCCGACACCGUGCAGCAAAACUCCGCAAGGAAACAGGAAACCCCAAGUGGUGGACUCGAUACGAUGAUGGAGAGGCGCUGAAGACGCGUCUAAGAGUAGGUCUCAGCCGGCCACUCGUCAUGCUAGCCACCGAACCGAUAUGUAUAUUCUGGGACACCUACGUCGCAAUCGUCUACGGCAUCCUAUACCUCUGCUUCGUCGCAUACCCCAUCGCUUUCCAGACCGAGCGCGGCUGGUCCCCCGGAAUCGGCGGGCUGUCCUUCAUCGGCAUCGGAGUCGGCGUGCUCAUCACGAUCGCCUGCGAGCCUCUCCUGCGCAAGAUAAUCAACAACCACCGCAGAGAUCCCGAGACCGGCCAGGUUCCUCCAGAAGCGAUGGCCAGCAUUGUUACCCUUGGCGCGAUUCUGCUUGCCGUCGGGCAGCUCUGGUUCGCAUGGACCUGCACACCGAAUGUGCACUGGAUCGUGCCGAUAUUGGCCGGUCUCCCGUUCGGUGCUGGAAAUGCUUGUGUUUUCAUCUAUGCGAGCAACUACAUGGCGCGGUCAUAUGGUAUUUAUACUGCAUCUGCGCUGGCGGGGAAUAUGUUCGCCCGCAGUGUUAUGGGCGCUUGUCUCCCGCUUGCUGGACCGUCGAUGUAUGCGGCGCUGGGACUCAAUUGGGCGAGCACGUUGCUGGGUCUUGUUGAGGCGGCUUGUAUUUCGAUUCCCGUUAUUUUUUAUUUCUAUGGGCAUAGGAUUCGGAAGGCUAGUCCUAUGAUUCAGGAGAUGGAGAGGAUGCGAGCAGAGGCGGGGGAGACUUGA